CUCGGGCGGAGCUGGAGACGUGUGGAGCUGUUCGAGGACUCGCGGGCGUGCAGGUCUGAGUACCACUCCGAUCCCUGGUGGAGGGCCCCGCGUCUCUCUGGAGACCAGUGGUCUGGCCCCAGAGGUGCGGCCGCGGGAAGUGGACAUUCUUUGUCAGGACCCUAGCGGAGGUCGCGCUGCGUGUCGCCUGUGAGGGGGAUCCUCGGUCCCUGCGCGGUCUCUUGCUUUUUUUAGGAUCUUGCGGGCCCUUUGGGAAAAAGGUUUCCAAAUUUUUCUUCAAAAAAAAAAAAAAAAAAUUGUUUGUUCUACCAAUGAUUUUCGGUGCAUUCCGCCCCAACAAAAAGUAUGUCCUGGCAAAGUCAGUUCCCUAGGAACCCCAUACUUUAUUUUAUUUUAGUUUAGUUUUAGUAUUUGGAGUGGUUUGUGGGGGUUUGGUUAUCACGGAAGGGGAAGCUUAGUACAGACGCAGAAUUAGUGAUGCCAUGCAGUGUAUUUAAAAUAUUGAGGUUGUGGUUACAUAAUAAGAAAAAGAGCCUGUUUCUUAUGUCUAAAUUAUUUAUUGGGAAUGUAGGACAAUAAGGAAGUAUAUUAACAUUUUCAGUCGCCAGGCCCACAAAGUUGGAUGGUAAAAUCAAUAUUUUAGAUUGCAGCAUUUAAGGACUAACCCAAUGCACCAUGAAAACGAAGGCAAGACAGUCUGCUACCAUAUGGCGGGUGGUGUGGGAUGGGAGGGGCCGUUGAUCCUAUAUAAAAAAGGGUACUACCUUGGAUUAUGAAAAAUGAAUGUUGGACCUGUGGGUCCUAUGUGACCAAGUUCUUAAAAAUACUCUAAAGAAAAUUUGAAGUGGUUUUUUUUUCUAAUACUGAAUUGGUCCACAAUAUAGGACAGGGGAGUCCAUAUAAUGUUCCAUUGGGAGGUGAGUCAGCUUACAAUAAUGGAAGAGGUAGAAACUUUUUCUGUUAUUAUUUUGGAGAAAAAAAUAAUUGCCAGCCUGCCACUUGUGCUAGGCUGCAGUUGGCCCAUAAAGGUAGUUUGUCAAAUACUUCAGUAGCGAGAUGCUUACUGGAUGUGUUUUGCAGAAUGGUUUUGAUUUAGUUAACGAGUGUUUGUUGAGUUCCUGCUGUUGCAUAAGAAUCAGGAAUAGGUGAGAUCGGGGAAGGAAUCUGCCCUUACAGAGUUGAAUGCUGGAGGGGAUAGAUUCACUAAAGUACCUCUACAAUAAGUGCAUUUUUCCAUGGCAAAUAUGUGGAACCAAUAAUAAGUACUCAAAGAGGUUUAAGACAUUGCUGUGGCCCGUCUAUGAGUUAUUAAGGAACUGAAUUAGAGUCCUGACUUUGAGAGUGAAGAUAGAGGAUUAUAUACAAGGUAGAAUUGAUGCAACUUGUGCACCUAUGAUAUGUGUUUUAGAAAUAGCUGUUAAACUUUGGUUUGAAUGAAGAAUGUCUCUCAAUCCACCUAUAUUUCUCAAACGAAGUGAAGAAAAUAAUUCAAAAUUUGUGGAAACAAAACAGUCACAAACUACUCCCAUAGCUUCAGAAGAUCCCCUUAAAAACUUAUGUUUAGCAUCUCAAGAAGUUCUUCAAAAAGCUCAGCAAAGUGGGAGAUCAAAAUGUCUCAAAUGUGGUGGUUCCAGAAUGUUCUACUGCUAUACAUGUUAUGUUCCAGUUGAAAAUGUACCUAUUGAACAGAUUCCACUUGUGAAGCUUCCAUUGAAGAUUGACAUCAUUAAACAUCCAAAUGAAACAGAUGGCAAAAGUACUGCUAUACAUGCAAAACUCUUAGCACCUGAAUUUGUAAACAUUUACACGUAUCCUUGUAUUCCAGAAUAUGAAGAAAAGGACCAUGAAGUUGCACUUGUUUUUCCUGGACCUCAGUCUAUCUCAAUAAAAGAUAUUUCUUUUCAUCUGCAAAAAAGGAUUCAAAAUAAUGUUAGAGGCAAAAAUGAUGACCCUGACAAGCCAUCUUUUAAACGCAAAAGAACUGAAGAACAAGAGGUCUGUGAUUUGAAUGACAGCAAGUGCAAAGGCACAACACUGAAAAAAAUUAUAUUUAUAGAUAGCACCUGGAACCAAACAAACAAAAUAUUCACUGAUGAGCGACUUCAAGGGUUGUUACAAGUUGAGUUGAAAACAAGAAAAACUUGCUUUUGGCGCCAUCAAAAAGGAAAGCCAGAUACUUUCCUUUCUACAAUUGAAGCCAUUUACUACUUUCUGGUAGACUACCAUACUGAUAUAUUAAAAGAGAAAUACAGAGGGCAAUAUGACAAUCUUUUAUUUUUCUAUUCUUUUAUGUACCAGUUGAUAAAGAAUGCCAAAUGCUCUGGAGAUAAGGAAACAGGAAAACUUACACAUUAGUUUUUAACAAGCCACUUAUGUCUUUUUAUUUUGCUAACAUUAAUAAACUUAUGUUUGUGCUUUGUUUUUUCUUAAGAAAUAA